GGGGGGAAAUUUUUGUGCAAAAGCGCGAUCGAAUAAAUGGCACCUUUAAACCGCCCUUUGUGGGCCAUCACAAAAGUAGUGAAGAAUAAACACAUUGGAAGGAAAAUACUUUACCAAAAUGAAUAAAAAAUAAUUUCCUUAAAAAGAGUACAAUACAUUUUUACACAAUCGCUCCUUCUGAAAAUAAAGCACAUGGACAAAAAAUAAAAUUUUAAAAAAAAGGAAAACCAACUAUUUCGUAAAAAUGAAUAACGCCUUUCUUUUUUCCCCGUUUCCUUUUCCCUGCCAUAUGUUUGCUUUCACACUGUUGAGAAAAAAGGACAAUACAACAAAAUUUUCACUCCCCCAAUAGGGGCAUUUCAACAGCCUAUAUAUUUCUUAUGAACCUUUUUGUGUCUUCUUCUGAGAGGAAACGAGAAAUUUUCAUACAUCGGCAUGCGUCAUCCACAUGUGGAACACCUUUCCGCCCUAUUAAAAACUCCAUUCGUGUUAAAAUUACGUAGCUGGCGAUUUUCCAUAAGCACUUGCUGGUUCCCUUUCUGCUUAUUCAUUUCCCCAUUUUUCGCCCUUUGCUGUACCUUCAUGAAAUGUUCAGGAACACUAAGCGCCUCCAUCUUGCUUACAUUUUUGCGCAUACAACUUAUGCGUGCGGGAAAAAACAUGUUCACUUAACAUCCACAAAAUUUUCCAACGCAGAAGAGGGGGAAGGUGAAAACUGCUCUUCCGUUCGCAUAAUGGAAGCAUAUAUAUGUAUAUAUAAAUGUCCUUAAGCGCACGCACAGUUUGGAAAAAAUGACAACUUCGCUGCGUGGUGAAGAUCGCCGCUUCAGCGCAUCCCUUUUUGUGCUUCACAAUUUGUAUGCCCUUCAAAAUGAAAGGAAAAAAAAAAAAAAUUCCAUAUUGCCGCUACAUUUUGUUAUAAAAAUAAAUAUGCUCCUGGGAAUUUUCCCAACCCACUUUUUACAUCGUUAAUUUGAAAAGUUUGCCGUUCCUUCCCUGUUUACCAACGCUGAAAAAAGCGCUCUUUUUUUUUCCCCACCCACAAUAAAACUGCCGUAAUAGCGUAAAAGCAUUACAAUUUUACAUUAACGUGAAAAGAAAUUACUUCCUUUCUCACAAUUUAUGCUAAGCUAUUAGCGAAUAUUUAUACAUUUACAUACGUAUGUACAUUUUACUUUCGUCCCUUUUGCAACAACUGAUCCGAACAUUUCUCCUGCGCAAAUUUGAGUGAAACAUCCCCUCGAAGAGAAGGAAGAAUAAUCGUGACAUUACUUCUCUUCGCAAGUUAAGGGAAAAAAAAAAAAAGAAAAAGGAACGAUCAAUAAUGAGGUGGAUUUAAUUCUACUGGUAGAGUUUCCACCCGCAGUCUUCAUCUUAGUCGAGCGAAUCCUUAACACAAAAGAAUCUCAAAAAUGUCUGUCCCAACCUUAUCGAAUAAGCCAGAAAACAUCGACCUGCUUGUGCUGGCGCCCGGAGAAAAAAAAGUCAGUUGCGAAAUAUCGGAGAAGGGCGAUUGCAAUAUAUUUACCAUAAAACUGGAGGACCACACCAUAGGGAAUUUGAUAAAGCAGGCACUUUGCCAAGACCCCAAGGUCACGUUCGCAGCAUAUAGACAACCGCAUCCUCUGCAAAACACCAUCGAAAUAACCAUCAAGCCGAAGGGCUAUGCGGGGGUUAAGUUGCUUUCAGAUAAUGUGAACAGUUUGCUGUCCGAUGUGUCCCAGCUGAGGGAAACGUUUAAGAAAAAGGUCCAACGAUACAAGGACAAAAGUGUGUAUUACGCAGACGAGUGA